UCAUUGUCGCCACCAAUACUGCCACCGGACAAAGAAAGGAGAGGUGGUCUGUCGACGAUGCGUUCAUCCAAGCGAAGUGUCAUGUAAACAAACGGUAGCAAGGAUCGGCUCUGUUCUGACGUUCCUUCCUGGGACCAUUGGUUACUGUGAACACUAGAUCCCUGUGCUUGUAAACUACCCUUGACACUCGCCGACCAUGACCGCAGCAAUAUAGGCAGCGGUGGCAGAUUUACCGCCGCUGGAUAACUCGAACGACAACGACGGUUUUUGCCUGUCAUCGAACUCCGGGCCUGGCUGUGUGCGUGUAUGUGUGUGUGUGCCUGUAACUGAAACACCAGCAAAAUACAAGGCUAUUUGAUUUGCAGAGCCCGCAGCCUUCUUUUGUUGUAGGUGACUGUACAGUUACCACGGUCUCUCUCUAGGUUAAUUAGAAAACACUGUGCCGUAACAGUAUACAUGUGUGUGUGGCUGCAUCGUAUGCGCCGCGUGCGUUAAUCGUACAUAAUAACGAGAGCGGAAAACAACUCUGGUGUUUUGUAGUAAAGCCCUGCGUGCUAGUUGCUUAAAUCCGGUCAGGUUCACUGUUGCCUGUACAUCUGUUCGCCCGCUUCAUAGGGACGACCUGGUCGUGCUGUGAUCUCGUAUAUGUGGGAAUGGCGUAUUGCGUAGAGUGGAGUGGAAACAGGUGAUCUCUAAUUUACACUACUCCACACAUACAGUGAACGGUGAACCAAAAGUGUUCUACUGUGAACGGAAAAUCGUGAACGAUCGAAAAGAACGAAACUAUACAGUUACAUCGAUUAUAAAACGAAAGGUUCAAUCAUCAUUCUGAUACACUGGAUAAAGAAUCGACAGUGAUGUAACUCGGACGUUCACAACCAGCUGACAGGUUUGGCCUUACAGCGUGCAUAGCCCAAUAGAAAACGAGGCGGUAUUGAACGUUCCACCAUGGAGUCGAGGGGUGAGGCCGAUGGAAGUGGCAUUUCGCUGCAGGACGAUAUAACUUACUGUGCCGAAGGACCUGACAACGUCGAAGCCAUCGAUGGCGAAACAUUAGAAACCCUACGGUCGAGGAUGGCUGCCGAGUUCGACGUGCAGCGGGCAGCUCUUAUGCAGAUGUUUGUAGCCAAAGAGGACGAACUGAAAGCGGAACAAGAAAAAAACUUUGCAUUAACCAAACAGAUUGAGGAAUUCAUAGGCCCAUCAGGGCUCGAUCUCGACGAGAGCAUGCGCAACGCACAGAAGCAAACCGUAUUACUUCGUUCCGUCGUUAAGCCGAUGGAGGAGGAGAUCGAGGAAUACAAAACGAGAAUAAUGACACUUACAGGCGAGCUGGAUAGAACUCGCGCCGACUGUGAUACUCGAAAUGAAAGAGAGAAACGUGAAAAAGAAGAACUAAAUCGACAGAUCUCGGAGGCAAAAAAUGAAACGCGGAGUCUCGCCGCUAAGAUCGAAGCCAAUGAGUCACUUCUUGCAAAUCUGUCGGUACAACUGUCAGGAUCGGAUAGUGCACUGCGCGCGGAGCUUGACAAGUUGCUGAAUCAAUUAAAGGAAGUGGAGUCGCAGAAUCGCCAGUUAACAGAGGACAAUGAUCGGUUACUAGCGAGACACUGCUCCAAGAUGGAGCAGCGACUGGCCACGGAGGGGGUUAAGCUCCCGGAUGUGUUCGAGAAAACGGCCCGCAUGGUGGAGCACGACCCGGCGUUAGCGGCCGCCAUGCAGAACCUAGAAUUCGAGUAUCUCAAACUGCAUGAAAAGAUGAUCGAAUCGACUGUUAGCUGGCAGAACGCUGAUGAAAAGCUACACUCAGAGGUCGCACUUCUUAAAGAAGAGCAGCGAUUAGUUCAAGAGGAACGAAAGGGUUACGAGGACGCUGUAAAUAUCGAUUUGAGACGGUUGAACGCCGAGUUGGCCCAGCUCCGCAGUUGCGAGAAGGAGCUGAUUGCGACGAAAGCUCGAGUCAGUGAGCUCGAGUUGGUCGAACCGCUGAAGAACAAGUUUGAGAAAGAGAGUCAUGAGUUGCGGCGCAAAGUGGUCGCGCUUCAAAAAGACCUCGACAAUUCCGAGGCUGUGCAGAAGGAUUUUGUUAAGCUAUCCCAGAGUCUUCAGGUUGAGCUAGAGAAGUUGAGAGUGAGCGAUGGUGAAGUGCGUUUCCAGCAUGCCGAUGAUGUGACUGAAUGCAAUGGCUGUAAAAAACCACUGUCGGGUAGCAAAAAGCCGAAUUGUAGCCAUUGUGGACGCAUUUAUUGUCCGGCAUGCGUCUCAAAAACAAUUCAGUCCGGACCGAAUCGACGCAGCUUUAAUGUGUGCGCAGUCUGUCACACUUUGCUCGAUCAGAAGAGCGCACCCUAUUUCUCUACACAAUAGCAAACAAGCAAGCUGCAGUAGCAACAAACAGUAUCCUCAAAGAAAGACAAAGAUGAACGGCGUAUGCAAACUUAUUUAAAGAAAAAAAAACAAAAAAUACAUCAUAUAAAGCCGUGUAAUGCAUGGCGCAUCUUUGCUUGAGUAAGAAUGGAUGACAUCCUGCUGCAAGCUAUUGGUCACGGCGUUACUGACAAGCCAUGCAAAACUCGCGUUUGAUCAAGUGACUUUUUGCAGUUCAAAGCGUGGUUUAGACAUAGACGAAAUGCGGGCUUCACUUUUCCUGGGUGUUUGGAGAACGACGUUAUGGAAAUUUAUGGGCUUAUCGUAGGUAACGCGCGUGUGUAUGUACAAGAGUGUCGUAAAAAUGGGGAAAAACAGAAUAAAUAUGUAAGAUAAUUAUAAUAAUUAAAUUAAGAAAAUGUCCUUAUCAGAUUUAUGUUGAUCCUAGAUCGUUGAUAGGUGAUCUGCUCGUAAAUAAUAAAAUGCUUAUUGGUUUUAUAAACAUCUGUAAACAUUUCUAUGGUACAAUGGGUUGCGCCGCACCCAUCAUGAUUAUCGUGUAAAUUAAAUAUACACUAUAUAUAAGGUGCGGGAAUUGCAUAAUGGGAAUACAACAAUCAAACUAGGUUGAACUCUUUGUAAUAGCAUUACGCUGCUGCAUUGUUGGUAUAGAAAGCGUUGUUUCGAGUAGUUCCAACUUUUGCCAAUGCACCUAGAUCUGGCCUAUAGUUUACAGGUCCUCUUCGGUUACAGUUCUAGUAAGUCUGAAAGUUUUACGAUGUUGUUGAAACUGGCUCUAACUCAAACAAAUUUCAGCAGCUUUGAGGUUAGAAGUAAAACAAAAUACCAAUGAAAUUCUAUAUCGCUGCCUUUGUAACCUGACUGGAAUAUAUGCAGACUCAUCA